AUGAUCGGUUCAAGAGUGAUCCGGUCAAGUGCUGUCCGGUCAAAGAUGAUACGGUCGAGAGUGAUCCCGCCAAAUGAUGUCCGGUCAAAGAUGAUCCGCUCAAGAGUGAUCCGGUCAAAUGCUGUCCGGUCAAAGAUGAUCUGGUCAAGAGUGAUCCGGUCAAGUGCUGUCCGGUCAAGAGUGAUCCGGUCAAAUGCUGUCCGGUCAAAGAUGAUCUGGUCAAGAGUGAUCCGGUCAAGUGCUGUCCGGUCAAGAGUGAUCCGGUCAAGUGCUGUCCGGUCAAAGAUGAUCCGGUCAAGAGUGAUCCCGUCAAGUGCUGUCCGGUCAAAGAUGAUCCGGUCAAGGGUGAUCCGGUCAAGUGCUGUCCAGUCAAAGAUGAUCCGGUCAAGAGUGAUCCCGCCAAAUGAUGUCCGGUCAAAGAUGAUCCGGUCAACCGUAUCUAUCUAUCUAUCUAUCUAUCUAUCUAUCUAUCUAAGCCUUAUCUAUCUAAGCCUCUUAUCUCUCUCUAUCUAUCUAUCUAAGCCUUUAUCUAUCUAUCUAUCUAUCUAUCUAUCUAUCUAUCUAUCUAUCUAUCUAUCUAUCUCCGUCUCUUAUCUCCUUCUCUAUCUAUCUAUCUAUCUAUCUAUCUAUCUAAGCCUCAUCUAUCUAUCUAUUAGGUAA